AUGCUUGUCAUUCAAAAUCAAGUUAUAAAGGUGUAUGUAUAUAUUAGUACAUAUGCAAUUGAUGAAGAAGGAAGAUUAGUUUCUAUAGCUUUUGCUAUAUAUUCUGUGGAGAAUUCUGAUAAUUGGAUGUGGUUUUGUGAAUAUUUAUAUAUGUUUCUUUCAAUUAUUAAUACUAAUGAAACUGUUAUUAUAAGUGAUCAUAAAAAGGGCAUCUUAGAUACUGUAUAUACAAAACUCCCUAAUUCUUUUUAUGCACACUAUAUGUGGCAUAUUGAGAAGAACAUUAAUAUGAAAUUUAGAACAAAACUUGGAGAUAAAAUCUGGGCUGCAGCAAAAGCACUGCAUAUAAAAGAUUUUAAUGAUAUUAUGAAAAAAAUAUCUAAUAUGCACUCAGAAGCUAUUAUUUAUCUUCAAGAAAUAUCUCCUGCAACAUAG